AUGUACGCGUCUCUAAUUAGAAUGGUUGUUUUAAAUAGCGACGGAUUUAGUAAUGAAUUUUGUCAUCCUGUUGUCAUGCUUGAUGGCACCUUUUUGAAGGGCAAACACAAGGGCAUGUUACUUAGUGCAGUCGGAAAAGACGGCGAUGAACAUGAAGAAACUGAUUGCAAUUGGUCAUGGUUUCUAAAUCACUUGAAAACUAUUGGAAUGGAUAGGGUUUUUACGUUUGUCUCAGAUCGUAAUCAUGGGAUUUUGGUUGGGGUUCAGAAUGUGUUUCCACAUUGUCUUUAUGGUUACUGCUACAAGCACUUGAAGGGAAAUUUGAAAGAUCGAUUUAGGGGUGAGUCAAAGAAUUAUCCUAAAGCUGUGGUGAGGCAAUUUCGAGAUUGCGCUUACGCUGCCACAAAACCUGAGUUUGAAAGAUGCUUGGAGAAAUUCAAAAGAACUGGUGGUGGAAGAGCACGCAAUUUUCUAGCUGAUAUUCCAAAUGAAAAGUGGUCGAACGCAUAUUUUGAGGGACCAAGAUAUGGCCAGAUGACGUCAAAUGGUUGUGAAUCUUGGAAUGCGCAAGUAAUGGAUGAACAUUUUCUGCUAGUCACUAAUUUGAUUGAUGGUAUUCGAAGUAAGAUAAUGGAACAGCUUUGUGACAGGCUUAUUAAGGGAAAUUAUUGGCACACUGUGUUAACAUUUAAAAUUGAUAAACUUGUGAAAGAUCUAGUUGAUAAAGCGAAGCCUUGGUUAGUUAAGCAAGCUUCUGAAUUUGUGUGGGAAAUGUACACGGAUCCAACUGCGAUUAUAGAUGUUCGAGAGAAGACAUGCUCAUGUUGGGAGUGGCAGAUUACCGGGCUGCCAUGUUUUCAUGCUGCUGGGAUAAAAUAA